AAUUUCACAUCAACUAUGAUACCCGAUUGGUACUUACCAUCAAUGCUUCGAUUGUUUGAGCUUACCGUACAAGCAAAUGUAUCAUUUCGUAUAGCAACCUGUCUUCCAACUUCACUUCGAUUAUUUCAAAGCUAUUUAAAUGCAAUCAUUAAUGCGCAUUUUUGUCCUGAAACCAAAGAAUGGUUAUGGUAUCGUUGGUGUAAUGCUAUUGUUCCCAUGAUCGAUCGGAUAUCUGUGAUAAUCAAAUUAUUAUCUUUGAUUGCAUUUGGUAUAGUAACUCCACAAGUGACCAUUUUUCACAAUAUAUUUAUCGAUUCACCAACAUGUCACUAUUACGUACCACCAUAUCAUGCAUUAUGCGAAUACAUACUGAUUAUUUCCAAUGCUUUGUUCCAUCUGACAAUGAUCACCGAUACACGCAAUUUGAGAUUUCUUAUGUGUCCACGUGCGUGUUCAGGCGAAUGCGAACCAAUGAAUUCUGAAAAUUUUCGCAAAGGAGGCAAAUUUGAAUAUUGUCGUUCGCAAUAUCAUAUAAACAAAAAACGGUUAAUGGGUAAUGAUAUCGAAAUGAAGGAAUCUGGACUUUGA